CCGUAACCUUUUCCCCCACCACCUCCGGCCUUCAUCCCACACCCUGUCCUUCUCCUCUCUCUCUCUCUCAAUUACACCACACAACCUUAUUCCCCAUUUGUUUCUCCAUCCAAUUAAUGCAAAAGAUUAGAAUUAUAUAGCAAGGACAAACAAAAGAUAGAAACAACGAGAAGAAGAGAAGAGAAGAGAAGAGAAGAGAAGUAGAAAUUGAAGCUCCUACUACAUAAUACACAGAUAUCUCAGCUAGGCAUACAUAAACUUGCACCUGUUCCAUGAUCUUCCACCCUUUGUACAUGUAGAUAGCCCCUCUGCAGCCCUUCUAGAGAUCGAUGGCGACACAGAUUGUUCCUGAGCAGGUUUGCUAUCUCCAGUGCAACUUGUGCAACACAAUCCUUGCGGUUAGUGUUCCUAGAAACAGCUUGUUCCACCUUGUGACAGUGCGAUGUGGCCAUUGUGCUAAUCUCCUGUAUGUCAACAUGGGAGCUUUCUCUCAAGCUUUCCCUCUUGAUCAGCAACUGCAGAACUUGGGGUCUCAAAGUAGUAGGAUAGAUCUUGCCUCAUCCUCCAAAUAUGACACGAGUUCUUUGAUGUACUCACUACAUGAUGAUCGACAGAUUAUAACCUUGCAUCCUCCACAGAAGAGGCAACGUGUUCCUUCAGCAUAUAACAGGUUUAUCAGGGAGGAGAUACAAAGGAUAAAAGCCAGCAAUCCUGAUAUCAGUCACAAGGAAGCUUUUGGUGCUGCAGCAAAGAAUUGGGCACACUUGCCUCACAUUCAUCUCGGGCUAACCCUAGAAGGCAGUGACCAGCAAGUGAACAUGGACGAGGGGAUAGGAGCGACGACUGGAGGAGGAGAGCCGAAAGGCCCUGCAGGCUUCUAUUGAUCUCUAUACAUAUAUACAUUAAUUUAUAAGCUGCGAUAGACAAUAGUUAUCGAUCAGCAGAUGUUUCUGAACUGAAAUAGACUUUGAAGCUUGUGAAGUGUGCAUGCCUUUGUGAUUGCUGGCUGAUAUAUGGACGAAUAAGAGGUGUAACUUUCUGAACUUGUCAUUUCACAGAAUCACGCAAUAAAGAGGGGGAGAGAGAGGCUUGUUGUGUA